CAGCAGCAGCAGCACAGAUCCCGGCCGGACGGACGAGAAGUAGGAUAGACGCGGCCGCCCGCGAGAGCCCACCUGACGAGUGCAGCAGCAGCAGCAGAAAAUCCCCCUGAACCUGAGCCCCAAAAUGGAUACUAGCGCGCAGUGAGACCGCCCCAGCCUGCCAGCAGAGAUUAGAUGCGCGCAUUUGUGCAGACUGCGAAGUGGCUAGCCGGCCACUUACUCAUCUGUUAAUAUGAACUCGACCACGUAGCGCACACAAUGAGAGGACCAGAGGCGAGCGAGAGGUGAAUUACCUCUUCUCCGCGAGCGCAUAUCCAUCUCAGUGCACAUCCACCAACUGUCUCACGCCAGCACGCCGAAACAACUCGCACAAGAAUGCUGUGUCGCGUGCGAAUGUUCUACUCGCUGAUGCUCGGUCUGACCGGCUUCACGCUGAUGCUGUGCUCCUUUUUCUACGCCUCCCCGGCCGCCAUGCGCGAGGGCACUCUGGAGGUGAUAGAACUCAAUCAGACGAUGCCCCAAGCGGCCGCCGUUUUGCAAGCUCAAAGCCAGACAUCGGCAGGCUCAGCUGAGGCGUCGAGCGAGAACAUUAAAAAGGAGCUGUCCGAGCCGGCUCCAGACACAAACAAGCCCAACCAAGAGCCCAUCUCUGUUUCUGACUCGGCUGUACCUGAAUCUCCAGUUGAGGUCAAGACUGCAGAAGUUCUUCCGGCGGAAGAGCUGCCGCCGCCUGUGGUUCUCGUCACAGCCACAAAUAUCACCAGCAAAGCCACUACAGAUGAGCUCGAGGCGAAAAGCGAGCCCGUGGUCAUGGUUGCAGCUGCCUCUCCGGAGUCUUCAGCGCCCUCGGCAGCUACCGUGGCAGCCAGCAAGCCCGCAAAGGAGUCUGUGAUUCAGAAAAUACCACCUCAGUCAGCCGCCGCGUCGGCCCCUUCAGGAGCGGCCAGCGCCAGCAGCGCUAGCAGCAGCAGCAGCAGUGUGGUGGCCACCAGGGACCUGUACGAGGGCGGCCACGACCUCCCCAAUGCAGAGCUGUGUCCCGAGUUUGGCGCUGGACUGAGGCUGCUCAUUCUCAUCACAACUGCACCUGCCCACGCAGAGGCUAGAAAAGCAAUUAGGCUAACCUGGGGAACCUACGGCCACCGCAAAGACAUGGCGGUCGGAUUCCUCGUGGGUGGAGUGAAUGAUGAGAAAGUUCGCAGCGCCCUCUACUCCGAGUCAGAGUUGUACGGGGACAUCAUCCAGUCGCACUUCUUUGACUCGUACGACAAUCUGACCCUGAAGACGGUCUCGGCCCUCGAGUGGAUCGACACCUACUGCUAUCAGGUCAAGUUCAUCCUCAAGACUGACGACGACAUGUUCAUCAAUGUGCCAAGACUGCUCCAGUUUGUGGACAAACAUGCCAACGACAAGAGGAGCAUUUACGGCCGGCUGGCCAAAAAGUGGAAACCGAUCCGGAACAAGAAGAGCAAGUACUACGUGUCCAAGGAGCAGUACAAGCAGGUGCUGUUCCCCGACUUCACGACGGGCCCCGCCUACCUGAUGACCAGCGACGUGGUGCACGAGCUGUACGUGGGCGCCCUGAACCUGACGUACCUGAAGCUGGAGGACGUGUACACGACGGGCAUCGUGGCCCAGCAGCUCAAGAUCAGGAGGCUGCACGCGCCUGAGUUCCUCAACAAGAGGAUGAACUGGCACGCGUGCCACGUCAUCAAGGGCAUCAGCUUCCACAUGGUCAAGUACCACGAGCAGUUCGACCUGUGGAAAAAGCUGCAGGACGGCAAGACCAAGUGCAAGUGACAGCCUCAUGUGAUAAUGCAACGUUUUUACUCUGCAAUGCUUUAGUCGCCUCAACGCUCAUGACCACCACAUUGGUGCUCAAAAAAGACGCACGCAGCACCUGCCGCGGCGCCAAUAAAUUUGUUAGAAAUCGGAAAAAAACCCAUCCAAACGCGCGCAGGCAGGUGCUGCUCCUCUGCGAACAUACAAAGUAUUUUGCAGCUCUAAAAAUUCAUUGGUCAACGAUUAUAUUAUACACAAUACAUACAUUUUUGGCGUGAACCGUUUUGGCACUCUUGCGGGUGCGGAAUUUUUAGAGGCAGCUCUGAUUACGACGAGACUCAGCUGUGCUAGUUAUUUUUUAAGUGAUUUUCGCUCUGGACUCUUGGUUUUACUUUAAGAACACUCAUGACAUUGUCCUAUAUAUAUAAUUAAUGUUUUGUGCAGGAAUAUGGGGGCUGUAAAAUCACCUGUGGGGAAACAAUGCGGCCUUGCAGACGCCCUCGAAAACGCAUUAUUUUCUGGUGUGAUUUUCGAGAGCGAGUUUUUGUGACGCCACAUUGUGCAGAAGUAACACACACGCUAAUAUCUAACGAAAUAUUAUUUUAUCACAAACAAACACACACAUAAAAUGCAGUAUUGAACUAUACAACUAUUUAUUUUCACCACGUCUGAGUUUUAAAAAGCUGUUGCUAUUUUAACUCGUUUUUACUCUAUUCUUAUUCUUGCGUUUAUGACAAAAAAUAAAAAAAUACGAAUUUUACUCCUCUCUCAGCUAGGUGGUCACCCUUUUUGAAAACUCAAUAAUCACUGGAGAUUUGCAUUUCCGGGGAAAUCGCGAGGUUGGCAUUCCUAUUUUCAGUUGUAAAAAUAUAAUGGUUAAAGAUUUUAUUGCUAUGAUUUGUAAAAGGAAGAUCAUAUUCUGGUGUCUGGAUGCAAAUUGAAGGAAAUAUUUUGAAAAUUGAAAUAUUUUUAUAUCAAAGAAAAACCAACAAUAUAAAUCAAUAUUGCUAUGAAUUACAUGCUGUGGAAUAAAUGUGAGACAAAAUGUGUUUUCAACUAUUGAAAAAAGGAUGUGUAAUUUAUUUUUGUACUUUUGCUCACGACUUUUAUACUGUUUCAAUGAAGAAAAAGUGGCAUAUUAGAGUGUAAUUUUGAGGUAGGUAUAUACAUAACUUAUAUUGUUAAACAUAUAUGUGCUCUCUCUAUAUUUCUCGCGCAAUAAAAAUACAUUUUUGAAUGGAGGAUUUUGAUUCAAUUUGGAAA